AUGUUUUGGCGGGAGCCGCACCCGGAUCUCCACCUGUAUAUGGACGCUUCAGACGAAGGCCUUGCGGUUCUCGAUCCAGCUCACAAACGCUACCUUCAAAUCCGGUUCGACGACGAGGAGAGGCACGACAUAACAUCGGCACCUGAUGCAAACGGAUUCACGAUCACGUCCGAGAACUCUUCUGCGCUGCCUUGGCGGCUGUUGUAUGGGGACGUUCCCUAUCUGUACAAGACGUUCUCGCUAAUCUACAGGCCCACGCACUGGCCGAAUCAAGUCACCACAAGUAUGCUGCCACAUCGAAGCAAUGGUGUAGAUGGUGCACCAGCGCCGGUACGUCGCCGUGGCUGA